UCCACCGGAGCGAAGAGAGAGAGAGAGAGAGAGAGAGAGAGAGAGAUGCAACUCUUCUCGUCGCCCAAAUCCUCUCAUUUUUCUCCUCUUUUCCCCUCUCCCUCCCCAAACCCUAACCCUAGCCCCAAAUCCCUCUCCCCUCUCCCCCUCCGCCCCCUCCCCUCCCUCCCCCUCCUCAGAUCCCCUCCCUCCUCCGCCCCCUCCCCCCUACGCUCCGAUCUCGACGAACGCGUCGCCGAAGCAGGGGAGGAGGAGGAGGAGGAGGAGGAGGGGGCUCUUGUGGUUCGGAGGCCGGUGAAGGAGUUCGCGGAGGAGGGAGGGGUCGUCGAUACGGGGUACUCGGAUGGGGAGGGAGGAGGGGCGUGGGCUUCGUCGUCUUCGAAGAUCGAUAGGGGUUUGUCGGAGUUCGCGAAGAAGAUGCCCAUUUUCGAGCCGGAGCGGGUCGGCGGGGCCGCCGCGGAGGAGAAGCCGCUCCCGAUCAACUUGGAGCUCGGGUUGUACCGGGCCAAGGUUUUGACCAGGUGUUUCGAGUACAAAGAAGCUGAGAACAUUCUUGUGAAGUGUAUCAAGUUUUGGCCGGAAGAUGGACGGGCAUAUGUAGCCCUUGGGAAGCUUUUUUGUAAGCAAUCAAGAUUUUCUGAAGCUAGGGCAGUGUAUGAGAAGGGCUGCCAAGCAACGCAAGGAGAAAAUUCCUACAUUUGGCAGUGCUGGGCUGUUCUGGAAAGUAAGGCUGGGAAUAUCCGAAGGGCAAGAGAACUUUUUGAUGCAGCCACUGUAGCCGAUAAGCAACAUAUUGCGGCUUGGCAUGGAUGGGCAGUUCUAGAAAUCAAGCAAGGGAAUAUCAAAAAAGCUAGGAAUCUCCUUGCAAAAGGGCUUAAGUAUUGUGGUGGGAAUGAGUACAUAUACCAAACACUUGCUUUGCUUGAAGCUAAGUCAAAACGAUUUGAGCAGGCACGAUUCUUGUUUCAGCAGGCGACCAAGUGCAAUCCCAAAAGUUGUGCAAGUUGGCUUGCUUGGGCUCAAGUAGAGUUGCAGCAAGAUAACAACUUCUUUGCUAGGCAGCUCUUUGAGAAUGCUGUACAGGCUAGUCCGAAAAACAGAUUCGCCUGGCACAUCUGGGCUUUGUUUGAGGCCAAGCAGGGUGAUGUUGACAAAGCAAGGAAACUCCUUAAGAUUGGUCAUGCAGUAAACCCUAGGGACCCUGUCAUUCUUCAGUCACUCGCAUUGCUGGAAUACAGACAUUUGUCUGCCAACGUUGCUCGUAUUUGGUUUAGAAAAGCAUCUAAACUGGAUCCAAGACACCAACCAGUGUGGAUUGCUUGGGGAUGGAUGGAGUGGAAAGAAGGAAACAUAAGCACAGCAAGAGAGCUUUACCAAAGAGCUUUAUCAAUUGAUUCAACGAGUGAAAGUGCUGCCCGCUGUCUUCAGGCAUGGGGAGUUCUGGAGCAGAGGAUUGGCAACUUAUCAGUCGCUCGAAGAUUGUUCAGAUCUUCGCUGAAUAUAAAUUCUCAAAGCUACAUAACAUGGAUGACGUGGGCGUCAUUGGAGGAGAAGCAAGGUAAUCCUAUUCGGGCUGAAGAAAUCCGCAAUCUCUAUUUUCAACAGCGUACGGAAGUCGUGGAUGAUGCUUCGUGGAUCAUGGGUUUUCUCGACAUCAUCGAUCCCGCUCUCGACAGCAUAAAGCGACUCCUAAACUUUGACCAAACUUCGGAAUUCAAGGAAAAAGAUACUACAAAACGCACAGAAGAAAAAAACAACACCACUGACGAAGCUUCAAUCAGUUCUGAUCCUGCCAACAACGACAUUGUAAAAGCCGUAGACGAUGCAGAUCCUCGCAGUAGCGGUUUCAAUUUAGAUGCUUUUAUCAGAGAGAAGUUGUUGCUCGAUCCAUCGGAAUUGGACAAACUGAUGGAGAGUCCUGAACCGAAGAAAGUUGCGCCUCAGAGGAAAAUAUGGAGAUCGGUACAGAAAACUAUUCAUGCAGAGACUUAAGCCUUUGUUUACAUGUUAGCCAAAGAAGAACCAUUCUAGUGAGCGAAAACAAUAAAUGUUAACAUAUGAGUAGGUUUUCUUCUCUUUCGAAGAUUGCUCGAAAACCAUACUGAAAAUCUGAAAUUGUCGAUAUGUUGCAUAUUAUUUGUAGAUAUUUAGACAUUUUUUUGUAAGACACCGCGUCGGAGAAUUUAUUGAGAUCUGGUGAAGCUUUGUCAUGUUGCCUCAGAACAUCGGCUUUGCACCAAAAAUCUUA